CUCCGGGCAGAGGCACAUCGGGCAGGACUCCGGGCAGAGGCACAUCGGGCAGGACUCUGGGCUGCGGCACAUCGGGCAGGACUCCGGGCAGCGGCACAUCGGGCUGGACACCGGAUCACCAGGCGGAGCAGCAGGCACCGGGCCCCCAGGCGGAGCAGCAGGCACCGGGCCCCCAGGCGGAGCGGCGGGCGCCGGGCUCCCCAGUGGAACAGCAGGCACCGGGCCACCAGGCGGAGCGACAGGCAUCGGGCCCCCAGGCGGGGCGGCGGGCACCGGGUCAUCUGGCAUUGGAUCGUCUGGCUCGACAGCGGGCAUCGGGUCACCAGGCAUGACAGUGGGCACUGGGUCAUCAGGUACCAGAUCAUCUGGAUCGACAGCGGCAUCGAGUCAACUGGCCUAAUAGGAGCAUCAGGCUGAAUCAGCUGGGUAGAGACAUCAGGCUGAAUUGUGGGCGCCGAGGCACCAGG